AUGGACGAAGCCGUCGGGGACAUCGACCUCGACGAUAACCUGCUAGUCCCCAGGAAACAGUUACGUCGCAUUGCGUGCGUUCGGUGCAGGAGGCGAAAGAAGCGAUGUGACCAUGCCUUGCCCGUAUGUGGCGAGUGCCGCAAGGCAGGUCUGCUCGAAUGCAUCCAGUCCGGCGUGGUGCGACAGGGCUCCUCUGUUACCAUCCCCUUGGCCUACCUCCGCCAUCUUGAGGAAGGCCUUUCACAAUCGCCGCCUGGCUCUGCGUUCUAUCAAAACCAACGUGAUGGUGUUGAUGCCACGGAUAGCACCAAGCAUGACACCAGCGGCGGCAGUAGCACGGGAGGUUUGCCUCGAGACCUGUCGCCAGUUGAGCUAGGACCCCAAACAGCUUAUCCCUCGCCAGCGAAUGAUGCUGCCUUUAGUCACACCGGAUAUCGUGCCACUUCGACUGUCCACGCCUCCGAUUGUGUUGGAGAACCAGCCCCUGGGACUUCCUGCCUUGCGCAAAAACAGUACGCAGAGUCAGCAACGGCGGCAGCUGGAUCGAGAAUCGUGUUAGAUGGGGAAAUAGCCAAGGCGCUGCCCUUGGCCUGGGCUGAACAUUAUGCUAGUAUCUAUUUCCAGCACAUGCAGCCACAAUGGCCAUUCAUGGACCAAGUAUCGUGGUAUUCCAGCUUCGCGGCGUGGUUGGACGAUCCAAACAGCCUGACCAGACCAAGCCGUUUUCUCGUUCGGCUCGUCGUAUCCAUCGGUGCACUCGUCUGCAGCUCUUUCCGACCCAAUUGCCCACAUCUACAGAACAGUCAGAGCACCUACCGCAGCGCCCUUCAGUACGACCUCGGUGACCUCAUGCGAAGCAAGUCCAUGUUGCCAAGGACCCAGGGAGCCCUGCUGCUCCUGGUCUACGCAUUCCAUGGAUCCUCCCCACAACCUAUCGAGCAGUGCCUGAGGUUUGCCAUGAUGAACUGCGUCAGCCUGAUGACGGAACUUGAGGAGCAGCCAGAGCAUCAGAGACGGGAAGUUGAUGCACAAAAUAGCCGAAACAUUUACCAAAGCGUCGUCAUGAGCUGCCAUAUUCUGAAUGAAGUCGUGUCAUCAGGGUGGACCUAUCCGCAAGAUCUUAUGGGCGAGAUUGGGGACGACAAGUCAAGGAUCAGGCAUGACAAUAGGAGACUACGGUAUCUGGACCUCGAUGAUCCUUUGCGAAGGAGAUGCCAUACGCGCUUCAAGGCUGAGCUGGAGGAAUGGAAGAGGCGUGUGCAGUCAAUCGACAGCCCUGAGUCCUGUAGCGACCCCAUCUACCAUGCUCCCAACUCCCUCUUCAAACUUUACGACUAUAGCCUGGCGAUCCUGAUGCAGGAUAAGCCUUUUAUGACAGUGGUAGAGAAUAUAAAUGAGUUGGUUUCCCAAGAAUAUGACCCGAUUGUCUACUGGACUUGGGCGUCGAAACCUAACUCGGAGCAGCUGAUGUACCAAUUCAGGCUGGGCAUUCUCGUGCUCUAUUGUUAUUGGAUCACCCCCAAUGCCGCUACAGAAGAAGCUGGUUUCCCCCUGCAAGAGGCGAUCGAUGGCGUGCAGAAUUGCCGAAAGACGUUGUUAAAGUUCUCUCUUCGUUGGGCCAAAUCCAUGAUAUUUCUCGACGCCUUUCAAAUCUUGACAGAGACCGUCUGUGAUGGUCCUACGUUCGGCAUCACUAGUGAUGAUCCUAGCUUUAUGGGCUUCUCAUCCGAUCUCCCUUCUAGCCGACGAUGCCAUACCACUCACGGUGACCGCUUAGCAAGUCUUGAAGAAUGUAUUUUGGAGAUGAAGCUACAGAAUGUUCACUCAGCUGUGGUAUCUUUGAUACAGGAAAUGAUUAUCGGGAUGCAAGCAAGGGAGACGGACACUACCCAGUUGCCACUUGCCCCAGCCUUGUAUCAUGGGGGCCUUGAUCUUUUCAACUUUUAG